GGACACCUUUGCUAGCUCGCCUCGGGGGUGUUUUUUGGGGUUUUUACUGGUUUUUGGACUGCCCCCGCCUCGGGACAAGCGUGCGGGAGUGGGGUACAGCCGGGCCCCCCCGGCGCCUCCUCGCCCAAGUGAGCCUCGGACUGCUGCCCGAAGAACCGGCUCGCCCAGCACCUUUGCCACUUCUCCUCCUCCUCUUCCUCCUCCUCCCCCUGGCCCUCCCGUCCUCCUCCCUCGCCCGAGGACAGCGGGACUCCCUCCGAUGCCGCUCGGCAGGCUCAGCGCUCGCAGCCAGCCUUGCCGGGGGCUCUCCUGAUCUCCGUGGAGCUCCGCAGCGCUCGCCCCGGUGGUUUUGCUCCCCCCCAUCCCUCCUCUCCACCCACCCCUUCCCCCUUUUCGCCUUGUCGGGUGUGUUUUUUGCCUGUUGGAAAAGUCCCCGCUGCCCAGGAUGGGGGUCGGUGGGUGCUUAGCCCUGCCCUGGAGGUGCCUGGUCGUCCUCUGUCUCAGGCUGCUCUUCCUUGUGCCCGCAGGAGUGCCCGUGCGCAGCGGAGAUGCCACCUUCCCCAAAGCCAUGGACAACGUGACAGUGCGGCAAGGGGAGAGCGCCACGCUCAGGUGCUCCGUGGACAACCGAGUCACCCGAGUGGCCUGGCUGAACCGCAGCAGCAUCCUCUAUGCUGGCAAUGACAAGUGGUGCUUGGACCCUCGGGUGGUGCUCCUGGCCAACACCAAGACCCAGUACAGCAUCCAGAUCCAGGAUGUGGACGUGUACGAUGAGGGCCCCUACACCUGCUCCGUGCAGACAGACAAUCACCCCAAGACCUCGCGCGUCCACCUCAUCGUGCAAGUGUCUCCAAAAAUCACCGAUAUCUCUCCUGACAUCUCCAUCAAUGAGGGCGGCAACGUCAGCCUCACCUGCAUAGCCACGGGCAGGCCAGAUCCAACAAUCACCUGGAGACAUAUCUCACCCAAAGCCGUGGGCUUCAUCAGCGAGGACGAGUACCUGGAGAUCACGGGCAUCACGCGGGAGCAGUCGGGCGAGUACGAGUGCAGCGCCUCCAACGACGUCUCAGCGCCCGUCGUCCAGCGAGUCAAAGUCACCGUCAACUACCCACCGUACAUCUCGGACGCCAAGAGCAGCGGGGUGCCAGUGGGGCAGAAGGGCAUCCUGCUGUGUGAAGCCUCCGCUGUCCCCUCCGCCGACUUCCAGUGGUACAAAGAUGACAAGCGGCUGGCUGAAGGACAGAAAGGGCUGAAAGUGGAGAACAAAGCCUUCUUCUCCAGACUGACUUUCUUCAACGUCUCUGAGCAGGACUAUGGGAACUACACCUGUGUAGCCUCCAACCAGUUAGGGAACACCAAUGCCAGCAUGAUCCUCUAUGAAGAGACAACUACCGCUCUGACACCCUGGAAAGGCCCCGGCGCGGUGCACGACGGGAACAACGGCGCGUGGCGACGAGGAGGCUGCGCGUGGCUCCUGCUCCUCCCGCUCGCCCAACUCGCCCGCCAGUUUUGACCCGAGAGCCGGCCCGCGGAGUAGCGGCGGCGACGACCACGGCCAGCGAGAGAGCAAGCAGAAAGGAGAGGAAGAAGAAGAAGCAAAAGAAGAAGAAGUGUUCACCGUUUCCGAAAAUAAUCAUAAGAAUUGAGAGAGUAUCCGGCCAGGCCACCUUUGGGGGAGGGGGAGAGAGGAAAAAAAACACGUGCAAAAAAAAAAAAAAAAAAAGAAAAAAAAGGAAAAAAACCCACAACGGGAAUUUGGAGAGAAAAGGGGAAAAAAUAAUAAUAAUAAUAAUCCAAGGCUUCCUGCUGAAGAUGCAACGCGACUGAGUCUUUUUCUUUUCACCCUAUUUUUUUUUUUUUUGGGGGGGGAUCUCCCGCCCCUUUUUCCCCCCCAUUUUUGCCGUUCUCUGCUGUGGGCCAGUGCGGAGGAUGGACGGGGCCAUCGGAGUGUGGUGCUUCCCCCCCCUGCCCCGUCCUUGUCACCACCCCUGCCCGCCUGCUCCCUCCCGUGGGACCCUCCAUCCGGACACACCGGUUUUCUCCUUUGACAAGAUUUCCCCUCUUCUCAUGGACUGUGCCGCCAUUUGUGUUUCAGAAUAUAUAUAUAUAUGUAUAUACCCACGUAUACAUAUAUGUAUAUGGAUAGAUAUAUAGAUCUUCAACAGUUACCACGCCGCCACGAAGGGAAAGGGAGGAAGGAGACCGGCGUCGAGCCACGCUUUCAUCGUACCAUCCGCGGACAUCGUGAAUGAUAAGGGAUUCUGAGUCAUGGUUAAUUUUAUUAAUUGUAUUUUCUGAUACGAGCCUAGAACUCUUAGUUCCUAAAAAACAGAAAUGCAAAAAAAAAAAAAAAAAAAAAAAGGAGGGGGAGAAAAAAAAAGAGAGGAAAAAAACAAAACAAAACAAAACAAUCCAGGAGAGUGGGAGCAAGUGGAGAGAAGAAGUUUGUUUGCCGAGGAGGCAACCGGCCGAGGAGGUUUGUGAGCCCGGCGAGGAGGAGGAAGAGGAGGAGUCCUGUGCUGAAACCCCCCAAAACCGGCCCAAAAAGCGGUCGUCCGGACAGUUCCUGCCGAGGGCACGGGCGACGCGUCGAGGCGGAGGGAGACGCUGAAUCUUUUUAUGGGAUAUAUAUAUACAGUAUAUAUAAAUAUACAUAUAUAUAUAUAUAAUUUUUUUUUUUUUUUGUUAGAGUUCUAGCCACGGUUCCCAGCAGGGUCCUUCCGCUGCCAUUACUGCAUGCUGUAUAUGGAGUUAGGUGUGUAUCGGUCCUCAACGAGACAAGCGUCUCGGUCCACGCGUCCCCAAACCCCCUCGUCUUUCCGCCCUCGGGGACAAAGGGUGGCGGGGGGACCGGGGCCCCCUCUCCGUCGCUUUUUGCCGCGUGGCCCCGGCCCCUUGGCGGCGGAAUGGAGCGAACCGAGGGACAGAGGGAGAUCUAUAUAGCUCAGUUUUAUAUUUUUAUAUAUAUAUAUAUAUAUAUGUGUAUGUAUAUGUGUGUGUGUGCGCGUGCGUGUGUGUGUAUAUAUAUAUAUAUAUAUAUAUAAAAAAUAACACUAGUAAGGAAAAGAAGGUGAAGCAACCGGCUCCUGGCCGAGCCCUCUGCCGAGAUGUGGGACUGGUCGACUCGCCGUCCGUGUCGGUGGGGGGUCCCUCCUGCGGUCGGUUUUCCUCCUUCCAUUUCCUUUCCUUCCCUGCGGCCGGCGGCGGAGGGCACGCGGGGGCAGGCGGGCGGCGAGGGGGCUCUCUCUGCCUAUCCAUUAAAACGAUUGUUCCAUGUG